AUGCAAAGAACUUACAGCUACUCGGGAAAUGUUUACUCUGCUCCCCCAAGCAAUAUCAACAUGGCAACAUCAUCAUCGACAAUGUCAUCGAGUCCAUCUCCUGUUCAAUCAUCAUCAACAACAACACCAACACGAACAUCACCAAUUUCUUCUUCAUCUCCAACACAAAAAGUAUCACAAGAAAAGGUAAAAUUAUUUGAAACUAGAAAGGACAGAGAAAAGUUUGAAAAUAUGUCUGAAUUAUAUUCAUUAAUUUAUUCUGUAGAGAGAUUGGAAAAGGCCUACGUUAAAGAUUCUAUAAAAGCCGAUGAAUAUACAAAGGCUUGUUCAAAAUUAAUUGCAAAAUUCAAAACGAUCACACCAAUUGUUUCCGCAGAUGUACCUGAUAUUGAAAAAUUCAUGAGAGAAUAUAAAUUGGACUGUCCAGCAGCAACUAAUAGACUUUUGAAAGUUGGUGUUCCUGCAACAGUUGAACAUGGUGGAAAAGACACCAGUGGAGAAUCAACAGCUAAACAAAUUGCUCAAACUACUCAAUACUUUAUCACACUCAUGGAUUCUAUCAAAUUGGGAUUGGUUGCUAAAGAUCAAUUAGCUCCAAUGCUUUUAGAUUUAAUGGACUCUUUGAACAAAUUACAAAUUAAAGAAUUUGAAGGAAAGUUAAGGAUAAAGGAUUGGAUUGUAACAUUUAACCAGAUGAAAGCCCACGAAAAUCUUGAUGAUGACCAAGCUAGACAAUUAUACUAUGAUGUGGAACAAGCUUACAAUCAAUUCCACAAAGUUCUCCAAUAA